GUCAAGUGAUAUAUAUGAAAAAUGGUGAGAAUCAGAGAAAACCUUACAUUGUCAGUCUCAACACCGGCGCUUCGUGAGGUCAGAACGGCAGCAACGACGCCUGUAGCCUCACAGAAGCCAAAACAACGGUUAACGGAACAACUAUCUAUGUGUGAGUCACCACGAGACAUUGCUUGGGAAGGAAGAAAACGUCAGAUGAUAAUGAUUCAAGAGAAGAAGAUGCGCGUUUCAGACAAUCUUAGUGAACAGAAGAAACUAACCGAUGAGGAUUUAAACGAGCUUAAAGAAUCCAUUGAGCUAGGUUUUGGUUUCAAUGAAGAAGCAGGACAAAAGCUUUGCAAUACAUUACCAGCUCUUGAUCUUUACUUUGCAGUGAAUCGUCACCUCUCACCUCUGGCUUCACCUAGCAGCAGCCGUAGCAGCAGCGCAUCUGCAUCAGUUUUCUCGAUGAGUAUACCUUGUAGCCCUAAGAAAACUGAUUCAGAUUCAUUAAAGAUCGUGUGUCCAGGGGACAAUCCGCAACAAGUGAAGCAGAGAUUGAGACAUUGGGCACAAGCAGUUGCAUGUUAUGUGAUGCAGACAUAUUGAUAAGUGUAUAUGUGAUUGUAAGAUUUUCUUUUAAAGGAUAGGAAGUAAGAGAAUCACUUUAUGGUUGUGUAUAUACUUUGUGUAAAGGCAACAAAAGAUAAGAAACAAUAAAGCCUUUCUUGUUCAUAAACUGUAUAUACCAAAGAGAUUUUUAUAUGGU